AUGAAACAGGUUGAAAACAUUAAAUCUCUCGGAUCGACAUCUUCUAACUAUGUGCGAAUAGCUCUACUGUGCAUUUGUUUUCUCGUCGUAUUUAUUAGUUUAUCCGUCAAAUUUCAUAGGUUUCAAUUUAAAACUGUAUCAAAAAUUGACCAUCCUAUCCGUGCUGUUGUAUCACACAGUGAAUUCGAUAUUGUUCUCAGUUAUUAUGCUGAAGACAUUUGGGACGUUGAAAGGUUUAUUCGAUAUCUAAAGAACGUUUCAACUAUUCAAAGACUCAGUCCUCGCGUGAUUGUUUAUAAUAAAAAUGUAAAAAUCAGCAUUGAAUAUUUGAAAGAUACACUAUUAGCUGAUAUUGUACGGGCACUACCCAAUCGAGGUCGAGAAGGAGCUACUUACCUAACUCAUAUAAUUGAAAACUAUGAUACGAUUGCCAAUCAUACAUUAUUUUCACAAGCUGGCGUCGAAGGCAUCACAGAUGUCGGACUAGCUGAUUGGUUUCUGACACGAUUACUGCAUCAGUUCAAUUCAAUGGUAGGAUAUAUGCCACUCGUUUCAAAUAAUUGGAUCAGUACGUAUGAUUGUGGUCAUCAUUCUCAAUAUGCUUAUCUUCCAAGGUUACCACAACUAUGGGGAAUCGUCGAAUAA